AUGCACUACGCCAUCGCCCUAUUCCCCGGCUUCGAAGCCCUCGACGCAUUCGGCCCACUACAAAUCCUCAACACCCUCUCCAGACAAACCCCUAUCGAACUCUCCAUUCUGGCCGCCACGCCUGAGCCCGUCUCAACCCGCUCCCCGGAUCCAUCCCUGCUGGCAACGGGGUCUGUAUGUUCCCAGGAAAUCGUCCCGACGGGGACAUUUAAUGAUUUCUUAAACCCGUCUCUGGAGGAGGGGGGUAAGAAGAAGAUCGACGUACUCAUCGUCCCCGGCGGUGUAGGGACACGGUUCCCCGAGAUCAUCCAGCCGGUUAUUGAAUUCGUGGCAGAGAUCUACCCUUCCCUUCGAUAUGCGGUGUCUGUGUGUACCGGGGCGGGAGUGCUUGCGAGGGCAGGCAUCCUGGAUGGCAAGAGGGCGACGACGAAUAAGAUCCGGUGGGAGGCGACGAUUGCGCUGAGGACGGAGGUGGAGUGGGUGAGGAAUGCGCGGUGGGUGGUUGAUGGGAAUGUCUGGACUUCGUCGGGGGUGAGUGCUGGAAUUGAUGUGCUGUUGGCGUUGGCGAGGGAGGUCUAUGGGAAGAGUGUUGUGAGUGAGGUGGCGCGGUUUGUUGAGUAUGUCUGGGAUGAGAACGAUGAUGGGACGAGGGAUCCGUUUGCUUGA